CAUGGAAAGUGAGUAGGGCUUCUUCCACCAUCCUCGUGGAGUUCCAUUAACGUCUUCUUCGCGGUGGCGGGAGAGGAGGCGGAGGCUGAACUGCGAUGGUGGAGGGUGCGCAGAGCGAGCGAGCUCCGUAGAGGGUGGUGACGAUGACGGUGGACGCGAGCUUCGUGCACAAGACGUGGGACAAGUGGGCUUCUUCUUAUGUCGGGUCCGGUCCUGGGCAGCCGUUGAAGGCGGCUUUGCUGCUCAAUCACGACCCAACUGGGCCCUCUCGAUUGCUGUCUACCAUUGCCAAACAAGAAGGAAUAAAGGCAGAUCCCAUUCCAUUGAGGCAAUUUCUUGAUUUUCUCAAAUGUGGAAAGCUCCAGACAGAGACUUUCUUUAUUGGGCCAAACCAAUACCUUGUCACGUCAAUCCAUGAGAAUUGGUUCUGCGCAAGAUGCAUGAGCGCAUCAAAUUCUGCUGGUGAAGGGGCUAUUGUCAUGCAGACAACAGCUUUCAUCUUGGUGGCACUGUAUGAUGGUUCAAUUGGAGCGGCAUCGGGUGCUGUAAUGGCUGCUGAUCAAUUUGCAUGGCAGUUAAAUCGAAAAAACCUUUGACCUUGCAGUGAAGUUGAAAUUGUAUGGUUCGUCCGCAGACUCUUUCCCUACCUGUCUGAGCCAAAUACUGGCAGAUGGAGAUCCUGAUAAUCCAGUGAAUCCAUUCAGCAAAUCUGUCAUUGAUGGCAAGGAGAUCAUCUUUCUUGCUAACGUGCAAGUUCAUCACUGCUGGGCUCAGAAUGUUUGAACAAGACAAACUCCAGAAGGGUCAAUGGUUUUUGGCAAAAAUUUUCAAGCAACUAGUAUUCACAGGCGCUGGACUUUGAUUAGUAUGAAUUAGGUGGAGGACUCUCUGAGUUAAAAAUCAUGUGAGAUCGUUGGUCUGCUAUUUGCUAUUUGGCCAUGCUGGUAUUGGGUGAAGGUCUUGCUGGUGUCUGCAUUGUGAUUUUCCUUUGUACAAAGAUCGUUAUAUAAGGUUGUUCAGCCGGCUUAUUGAUGUCAUCAUUUUCAUAACUGGAUUCAUGCCGAUAAUAGAAAUUAGAAGAGGGAUGAAACUGUGCUUGGAUUAAUUACA